AUGAGCGGCGAUCACAACGAAGCCAAGAAUAAUGCACAUUAUCUUGAAUACUUCAUGUACGUUAACGCGUAUACUGUAGGCCCUCGCAUGCCUACGCGCCAAGAAAUGGUGGACGCAAAGCUUCCGCUAAAUUAUCGUGACACGUGUGCAGGUUUGCUGAUCCCGUUGAAUAAAUGUCGACGGUCCACCCUUUUUCUACCAUGGAAAUGCCAGGACCUGCGCCACGCCUAUGAGAAGUGCCAGUAUGAGGAAUGGAAGAUCCGUGUGGAGCUGCUGAAGAAUCAGGAAUAA